AUGAUUACCCAGCCAAGAUUUACACGAUUUCGCUUCCAUCUCGUCUUGCAGAUUGGUAUCGCUUUACUGACUUGUUCCAGUACUACAAUGAAGGCGGCACCAACACUCAAUUCAACGAAUUUUCACGACCAGAAUAUUCGAAUGGUACCCGGAGGGACUUUGGUGAACACAACUAGUCAACUUAGUGAAGAGAGAGGUUUGAUGUCUGAACUUACAUCCAUAGGGGAAAAGUUGCUGCCGGGGAUUUUCACAGAGAAAAAGGUCAAAGCUGCUGAAAGUCAUUUUGACAGCUACGACUUUACCCAGCGAGACUCAAAUUUCUUUUUGCUCCCGAGAUUCACGGAAUUAGCACACACAGUUCGCAAAAUGUUCAAGAAUUCUGACGUGGGUUAUCGGGUAUUGUACACGAAGUUUGCAAGCGUAUAUGACGCUAGGAAGCUAGCGAAACUCAUUCAAGAGUCAAAGGACAGCAGCGAGAUCGCCAGAAAGUUUGAGAGCAUCCAGAUGGCCGAGUGA